AUGUACUUUCCAUUGGGUUGGCCGAACGUCUACUCGUCCGUCUUCCCGCAGCGUAGCAGCAGCAAGCACCAACAGCAGCAGCAGCAGCAACAACAACAACAACAACCGCAUGACCAAGCACCACCGUCAGACACGGGUCGCGAUUCCACUGCUCCGUCUCAGUCGUCGCACAAUGCCAGCGAGGCGGCCGUUGCUGUCGACCUGGCGUUGGCCAAGGACAGCAUGUGGCUCGCCACGACCACCCACGCGACUCUCUUCCUGUGGUCUUACAAGCCACGCGCGGUGGUCGCUGCAUUCACGCGCUCGAGCGAGUCCAUGGAACGCUACGGAACAUCCAAGCAUUGCGUGCUGAUCUUCUCGAUCGGUGGAAUCAACGACAAGGCGCGGACGCUCGACAUGAAUCUGACCCUCUCGCACGGCGUCACCAUGGAGGCUGGGCCCGGCGAGAGUGCUGGCUGUCCCGCGCGAUCGCUCGUGCUGAAGAGCAUCUCUGUGGUUGACAGCGGCAUCAUCGCGAGCCACACGCAACAUCUCAUCAUUGCUACACUCAACGGCACGCUGCAGCCCAUCCGAUGGGCUGGCCAUGCCGAUCCCGAGACCAUGAUUGAUUUGAAGACGGUCACCUUCACAUCUGGCCCUCGGCGCAUGCCAGAAAACGUGUACGUCAAGAGCAUCGACUUUAGCCAGCGAAGUAAAACCAUUGUCAUGUACGUUUGCGUACUUUCUAAUGGCACCGCAGUAUGCCUGUUUCCGUCGCCAGCGAGUACGGAGCAUCAUGGCUGUUGGAUUCCUGAUAUUGCACAAGCCGUCACUGUUAGCUUCAAUCCCUUGUACUCGUUCAUUGCGCUGGGUUGCGACAACGGAGAGGUCAUGAUUUUUAUGGUCGACGAAAAGGCGCGGAGAGUCUUGUUCAGCCACACUGUCAGUGCGGGGCCAGCCCAUGUGAUUGGCGCGCGCCGCUUCCGCCAAAACGAGUCCAUGCUCCGCUCUGCCAGCAACUCGUCUCUCAGCGAUCAUCGUCACGCUCAAAACCAAUCCUCUUCGACACACCAUCAGGGCGUCGGCACAAAUGGGUUGCCAUCUGGUGGUGACAAUGGACGCUCGGCUUCGCCCAUUCCCGCCGCUGCUGCUUCCUCUACGUCAUCGUCUUCCCACCUUCCACACGUCGGAUCGGGCCUGGGGGCUCCGGCCGCGCUUACUUGGACGAAUGACGGCUGCGCCCUUGCGUGUGGAUGGGCCGACUGUGGCGUCGUGGCCGUGUGGAGCGCCUGUGGCUCGCCACUGUUCUCCACGCUGGGACUCAACGCCAACGCGUCUGACGAUGCCACCGUGCGAAUGAACUUUUCGGGUAUUCGCAGCAUGACCUGGGGCCCAGAAGGCUACUCGCUACUGAUAGCCCCGUCAUUCGACAACGAUGGUCAGGACUCGUCCUCCAAUGGUGACAUCUACGAGUUUGCAUUUGUUCGUAGUGCUCUUGCAGCCAACUCCUGUGUGACGCACUGGUCACACAUGCUCUUCCACAGCGACGAUCGUCUCUACUUUUUGCCCAGCAGAUCGACAUCAAAGCAUGUUCUGCCUGAUAACAGCGACGGCGCUUCGGUGGUUGCGCAAUGGCUUUCGAUCAAAGUUCCGCUCACCUACAUGGCAGAGCAUUGGCCAAUCAAGAUUGCUUGCGCGGAUGAAAGCGGCGAUUGCAUUGCGGUUGCGGGUCGACAAGGCUUUGCACAGUACACCGUAUCGACCCUGAAAUGGCGCCUUUUUGCCAAUCAGAAUCACGAGCGAGAAAUCGCCUGCAAAGCGCUUCACUGGGCCCAUGAUAUUCUGGUGGUUGGAUGCCGCACAAUCAACCAAGAAUCAGAGCUUCGAUUGUAUUCCAAGCACGGGACGCUCGACAACUCGACUAGUCUACUCCACACCGAAAAGUGCACCCGGCCCGUUCUACUUAUCAACACGUGCGAGCUCGGAUUGCUUGUUUACACGUCAGACCGCAUGCUGAGCUUGUACCACAUCCAACGCUCUGUCAACGCUCGAACGGGCGAGUUGGCCGUUUCGCUUUCCAAACGCCAUACUGUCGGACUGACACAGCUGUGCAAUCACCCCGCAGCUGUCAUGUCGUUUAUGAUUACACAGCUCGGGAUUGAGGCUGAUCGCGCUUCCCAUGUAUCUCUUCUUCUGAACGUGUCUGGCAAGCUCUCCGUUACUCAACUCAACAUUGCCACUUCGAAUGUGGAUGAACUUCUGGUGACGCCACCAGCCCUCCUUGCCACCUCGGUCGAACACUUCUGGACACCACCACCCAGUCUUCACAAACGACAGCAUAAUUUAGCGAAAGCCGUCUUUUUGAGCUGCGGCGCUGCUGGCAUGAAGGUCUGGCUUCCAUUGGACCCGCAGGCUGAAUCCUCCCAGUCCAAAGCUGCCGUGAAGCGUAUCAUGCUCUCCUUCCCGAUCGGGUUUAUGCCACAGACUGUUCGGUUUGAGGAUGCCAUGCUACUCGGUGCGGCGCAUGACGUGUCCUUUGACUCGGCGACAUCUUCGACCGUCUUCCCCUUUUACGUUUUCGAGCAUCGCUCUCAGUCAGCCCUGCAUCACAUCCUCGGGCAGCUCAUUAAACGCGGGCACGAUCGACUUGCCAUGGAGAUUGCCAACAGUUUCAGCUCCCUGCCCUACUUUUCACAUGCGCUGGAGCUCAUGCUGCAUGAGGUGUUGGAAGAGGAGGCUGGCACAAUGACUGCAUUCAAUACUGACGCCAUGCUUCCGCGCGUGGUGAACUUUUUGAGCCGUUUCCCACAAUUCCUGGAAGUGGUUGUUCACUGUGCCCGCAAAACCGAAGUGGCAAUGUGGGACUAUCUCUUCUCGAUUGUUGGUAGUGCCCGGGAGCUUUUCCAGCAAUGUUUGAACGAAGGACGGCUGGCGACCGCUGCGUCCUACUUGAUCAUUUUGCAGAGCUUGGAGCCGCCAUCGGAUUCGAGACUGUUUGCCACUCUGUUGUUUGAAGCUUCGCUCGAUCAGUGCCAAUGGGAGCUCUGCAAAGAUCUUGUUCGGUUUCUGGGAGCCAUCGCAGACGACGAGCGAGCCGAGUCCCGCGCGCAGCACAAAGAUGUACCUUCGAACAACGACAGGGCAUUCUUGGAACUCAAGUUGUCGCGCAACGCAAAGCGACUCUUGCGAACCCAUCGUCUCAGAGUCCUCAAGUCGUUUGCUGCUCAACUGCACUUCCCGCUCAUCGGUUGGCUCCAAAAAGAACGAGUCCGCGCCGCGUUGGUUGACAAUUUUGCAGAUGCAUUAACGUCUUUGCACGAACAGUAUCAUUGGCCGUAUCCAUCGGCUGCUGUGAUUCGCACCGCAAACAACUGCUUUGCCACAGAAAAGUUUGCAUCAACCGACUCCACUCCACUUCCACACGACGCACCAGCCUACGCGUUCCCUUCGCAGAUCAUUUUGGAUGCCGAGGCACUUGAGAUGCCCGGAUCGUUGCCAGCUUCUCCGAAGGCGCGCGGCCGCACCUGGUCUGCGCUGUCGGCGUCCGGCUUUUCUGAACCGCAGGGCGUAGUGACGUCUGUUCAUGCCAAUCUGGCGCAAUCAGACGAAGCUCGAGAGCUCCGGUUUUUCCUGUCGGUGUUUAUGCAAGCGCGGUGUUUCGAAUGGGCCAUGGUGAUUGCCAUUCUGCUUUUAGAUUUGCCCACUCUGGCGGCACUCUUGCACAACCACCUGAGCGAUCCGGACCAACAAGCGCACCCCACGGAGCGCGUUCGACUGCACGUGAACUCGCUCAUUUCCAGCGACGCAUGUGCGCCGUAUCGCGACGUUCAGCCUCUCAUGAAGCUCCUUCUCGGCGCCGUUGAGGGCCGCCACCACAGCUGCUACACUGUUCGAUUUGAAUAG